AUGGGUAAUAUUGCCAAUCCAGACUUCCCCGUGUCCGUGUCGUCGCUUCAUUUCCCCUCCACCGAGCUGCCAUCUGUGUCUCAGACGCUAGCCUCGUUGCGACGAUCCGCCCUUUCCGUGAACAACCGACUGCGGUCGAUUGAUGCCGACGCAGCCUUUGUCCGCGAGGUCGCUGAUCACUAUGGUCUUCCUCUGGUUGCCAAUGAAAGAUGCGGCAGUUGGUACAUCCCGCCUGAGAUCAAGUCCGGGAGCGCAUAUUUCAAGAGCACCGACGGUCACACCGGCCAGUGGGACUUCAGCUUUCGAAGACUAAACCUGCAGAUUCUCCCACUUGCCCGGGAGCAUGGGGGUUGUAUCAUAGUGGAUUCCACGCGCCGUGGCAAAUUGAUGCCCGAUGCCUUGUCGAAAACUAUUCCUAUCUGGUGUGCCGUCUUCAACAGAGCGCUCUUCCCUUCGGAGACUACAUAUCAUUCCGUGGAAUUGCCGCCAAAUUAUCUAGGGCCAUCCGAAGAGUCGCAAAUUGCAAAAAGGAUCGACAGCUUUGUCCAUUCACUCAAGAGUCUUAAACUUGAUCUGGAUGAUCUCAGAAAACAACUAGGCAAACCGAUUCGGGUCGCCUGGGCAAAUCGAACGUAUUUCCACCCAACUGACCUACGCAAAAGCGAAGAUUGUAAUCUGUUUGUUCUUUGCUCGGCUUCAAAACGGGUUCAUGGUGCUGAGAUAUCCGAAGGUGGAUAUAUCCAGGGUGCAGGUGAUGACAGCGAGGCUUGGGCCCAUGGUUUAACACCACCCGUAUUUUGGGCUCACAAGCAUACACUCCUCGCACGAUCAGAAGAAGACCUGCCCGAGGUAAUUGAGAAUCUGACGCGGGAAAACUGUAAGCAGACUUCCGGUCAACAAGCGACGCCUGUUACGCCGUCUCGGAAUCUUUAUAUUAGCCAAGGAGAUCCGGGUUUGGCUGAGAAUGACAUUUAUGAUCUUGUCAUCGAUUGCAAUGGCACGCCAGAGGCCACUGAAGCCACGGAAAGCAACCCGAAACGCCUGAACCUAGGCUGUAUAUCUUCGAAACAAGGUGGCCGUGACCUACGAAACCAUUUGGACAAGGUUCGGGAUUUUGUGGCUUCUCAUUUGAGUUCAAAUCCGUCACAAUCCCUGCUUGUCAUGUGCGAGUCCGGAAAAGAUCUUUCUGCCGGGGCCUUGCUCACAAUAAUAUGUUUAUUCUAUAACGAUGCUGGUACGCCGCUCUACCAACACCAUUUCAAGUUAUUCUUAAACUGA